GUCAAGAAGUUGCUAAUCAAAAACAAUAUUACAGUAAUGCUACUGCAACUUUAAUUGCCAUUGAUGCUGAAAUUGGAGCAGUAAAUAAAGAAAAUGAAGGAGAAUUAGCCAAACAUAUUAUUCAACAAAUAGUUACUGCUCCCUGGUUUAAAAGUUAUGUUGCUCAGCAAUGGCAAGAAGUUAAUUUAAGUCUCGGUCAAGCCCUCCAGGCCGUAGCUCAUCGCCAACAAACUGUUCCAGUAGAUGUCGAUGGCUCCACUAAUGUUGCUGGUUCCAGCAAAAUUGAAGCUGAACCUAAUAGUUUAAUAAUAACUCCCCAAGGAAUACAAUUGCUUGUGCCUGAAGAAGAUUCUCACCAACCAAUUAAGAUAGAAAGGCAUUAUUCAACCACUCGUGAAAAAAUCCCCAUCUUCAUUGAUAUGCUCAAUCAGCAAGCCAUUACAGGUACAGAAGCUAUCCAAGCUUAUCAAACCCAACUAAUUAAUCCCCACUUACAAGCUGAACAAGAAGAACAAUUUCAGCAAGAACAAUUAAUUAAACCGCUUAGUAAAAUUACUACUUUUCAACCAUUGUGA